AGGUGGAAUCUGGAGCGAACCGGUGAAGGACAGAGACUUGGGGGUUCCAGCCCCGGACCCGGGAUUGAGCACCUGUACGUGGUUUUAGCCCUCCCCUCCCCCCCGCCUCGGGCCAGGUACCAGGGUCGCAGGGACCCUCCUAGACCCCCAAGAUGAGAUAGAAACUGGCGCCCUGGAGGAGCCCUGUCCCUGGUGCCACUAACUUGUCUCCCAAGCCCAUGGCGACCCCAGGCCUGGGGCUGUUCUUGGCGUUGGGCCUGCCGCUGCUGCCCGCCUGCCGGGGCCAAACAGCACCAAAUUCUUCCACAAAUACCAGCUCACCUGAACCCACAGACCCUAUCUCUAAUGGGGGCCUGUCUUCAGAGGCCAUCACAGCCAUCAUAGUGGUCUUCUCCAUCCUCAUUGUCCUACUGGUAGCUGCAGGACUGUUCCUGUUAAUCCGGAAACUCCGGGAGAAACGGCAGACAGAGGGCACCUACCGGCCCAGCAGUGAGGAGCAGUUUUCCCAUGCAGCAGCAGAGGCCCGGGCCCCCCAGGACUCCAAGGAGCCGGUUCGGGGCUGCUUGCCCAUCUAGCUCCACCCCCUUCUCCUUCCCUAUCAUCCACCCUCCCUUUGCUGUGUGACGAUGGGGCAAGGCAGCAACACUGUCUGGGCAGUUACUCAAUGCUUAAGAAUAGAUGGGAAGAAAGUUCUUCAAAGACUUUACCUUUGAGGGCAAAGAGAGGGUGGGGGCCUCUCUUUUUAUAUAUUUAUAUGAAAUUGGUAGUAAGGUAUAAUAAAGAUUUUUUUUUUUUU